UCCGCGUCCGGCUGGGCCGGAGAUCGCCGCUGCUCCGGGACCGCUCCGAGAGCGGCCCGGCUCACCCAGAACCGCCCCGGGAACGCUCCGACCGCGGCCCGGCUCACCCAGAACCGCCCCGGGAACGCUCCGACCGCGGCCCGGCUCACCCAGAACCGCUCCGGAACCGCUCCGAGAGCGGUCCGGCUCACCCAGAACCGCUCCGGAACCGCUCCGACAGCGGCCCGGCUCACCCAGAACCGCCCCGGGAACGCUCCGGGGGCGGCCCGGCUAUCCCGGAAUCGCUCCGCAUUCCUCCGGAACAGCCGCGGCUCCAUCUCCGGGCUCUCCUGCGGCUUGGCCCGGCCCGGGCCGUUCCCCCCCGCCCCUGCCCCGGGGCCGGCCGGGGAUGCCGCGGCGCGGCCUGCGCCAUGUGGUACAUCAUGCAGAGCAUCCAGAGCAAGUACUCGCUGUCCGAGCGCCUUAUCCGCACCAUCGCCGCCAUCCGCUCCUUCCCCCGGGACAACGUGGAGGAUCUCAUCGGCCGGGGACGGGAAUUCCUGACCAGGGUUCCUGUGCUCGCCAGGGCGCCGAUGUGAACUGCCUGCACGGCACCCUCAAACCCCUGCACUGUGCCUGCAUGGUGGCUGAUGCCGACUGCGUGGAGCUGCUGCUGCAAAAAGGAGCCGAGGUGAACGCGCUGGACGGCUACAACCGCACGGCGCUGCACUACGCGGCGGAGAAGGACGAGACCUGCGUGGAGAUUUUGCUGGAGUACGGCGCCGACCCCAACGCCCUGGACGGCAACAAGGACACGCCGCUGCACUGGGCGGCCUUCAAGAACAACGCCGAGUGCGCGCGGGCGCUGCUGGCCAACGGCGCCUUGGUCAACGCGCUGGACUACAACGACGACACGCCGCUGAGCUGGGCGGCCAUGAAGGGCAACCUGGAGAGCGUCAGUGUCCUGCUGGACUUCGGCGCCGAGGUGCGCGUGGUCAACCUGAAGGGCCAGAGCCCCGUCUCGCGCCUGGUGUCGCUGCUGGUGCGGGGCCUGGGCACGGAGCGCGAGGAUUCCUGCCUGGAUUUGCUGCACAGGGCCACGGGACACUUGGAGCUGCGGAAAAACGGGAGCCUGCCCUGGGAGGUGGCGCGGGACCCGCAGCUGUGCCAGCGGCUGGCGCUGCUGUGCCAGGCGCCAGCCACGCUGCAGGCGCUGUCGCGCUACGCCGUGCGCCGCUCGCUGGGCCUGCGCUUCCUGCCGCAGGCCGUGCAGCAGCUGCCGCUGCCUGCCUGCCUCAAGGACUACCUGCUGCUGCUCACCUGAGGGAGGGACGCCUGCCCUUCCCUCCUGGGAGAGGUUUCCUUCUCGCCGGGUUCCUCUCCGUGGGUUUUGUCCCCCGCCUCGGCCACCCGGGACCCUGCUGGCCCCUCACGCUGCCUCCAUUUCCUUCUCUCUGUCCUUUCUGUUUUGUCUUUUCCAUUUCUCACACUCCCUCCAUUUCCUUCUCUCUGUCCUUUCUGUUCUGUCCCUUCCAUUUCUCCCCCAUCCUCUCACGCUGCCUCCAUUUCCUCCUCUCUGUCUUUUCCGUUUUGUCCCUUCCAUUUCUCACACUCAUUUCCUCCUCUCUGUCCUUUCCAUUUUGUUUUUUCCAUUUCUCAUACUCCCUCCAUUUCCUCCUCUCUGUCCUUUCCAUUUUGUUUUUUCCAUUUCUCACACUCCCUCCAUUUCUCCGCUUGUCCCCCCCUUUCACCUUCCUGCAAUGAGCAAUCCCCUCUGAUGGCAAAUUAUAUAUCCCAGGUGUUGGAUUAAUCUGA